CCAACCUUUUCCGAUUCGCCGCCCAAUAUGUCGUACGAUUACAUUGUCAAUUCGCAAAAGCGGAAGCGCAAGCAUGGAUCUCAAAAGCCCGGGAACCCUGCCUUGAUGUCUGGAGCUUUGCCGUCGCCGGAAGCUGAGGUGGAAGUGGAGGAAAAUCCGGAGGCUGAGGUCGACACCGAAGCGCAAUUGCGCAAGAAGGCAAAGAAGGAGCACAAGAAGAAGCGAAAGAGCUCCGAGGCGGAUCUGGGGACUGCCGAGAGCGCUGUCAAUGAAGAGCAAGAGGAGGACCAAUCGAAAGUGAAGAAAUCGAAGAAGGAAAAGAAGGACAAGAAGGAGAGGAAGGAGAAGAAGCAAUCUGCUGCCGAGGCACAGGUAGAGCAGGAGCUUCAAGAAGCUGCUGAAGUUCCGGAUGAGGAGGGCGAUGAAGAUUUCACAGGCUUUGGCCUCGGAGAGCCUUCAGAUCUACCGUCAGCAUUGGGCGUUUCACUACCGAGCACAGCAGCCGAACCACAAAAGUUCACGGAGCUGAACCUCUCAGAGCGAACAAUGAAAGCGAUCAACGGUAUGCCAUUCGAUACGAUGACCGAAAUCCAACGUCGAGGCAUCCCGCCACUUCUUGCGGGCAGGGACGUUCUGGGCGCUGCGAAGACUGGAUCCGGGAAGACUCUGGCCUUCUUGAUCCCUGCGAUCGAGAUGCUCUACUCCCUCCGCUUCAAGCCUCGCAACGGGACCGGUGUAAUCGUCGUGUCACCCACUCGAGAACUUGCUCUGCAGAUUUUCGGAGUCGCGCGAGAGCUCAUGGAAAACCACACACAAACAUAUGGAAUCGUCAUUGGAGGCGCGAAUCGACGAGCGGAAGCGGAGAAGCUGGCGAAGGGUGUCAACCUGUUGAUUGCGACUCCCGGUCGGUUACUGGAUCACCUUCAGAAUACCCAAGGCUUUGUGUUCAAGAACGUCAAGGCUCUUGUCAUCGAUGAAGCGGAUCGAAUUCUUGAGGUUGGUUUCGAGGACGAAAUGCGACAAAUUGUCAAGAUCCUGCCAAAGGAAGACAGACAGACAAUGCUCUUCUCCGCCACACAGACCACGAAAGUCGAGGAUCUAGCACGCAUUUCCCUCCGGCCAGGCCCUCUUUAUAUCAACGUCGACAACGAAGAGGAGCACAGCACUGUUUCUGGUCUUGAACAAGGAUAUGUCAUUUGCGAAGCCGACAUGCGAUUCCGCCUUCUCUUCACAUUCCUCAAGAGACAUCCGCAGAAGAAGAUCAUCGUCUUCUUUUCCAGCUGUAAUUGUGUCAACUACUACUCCGAACUCCUGAACUACAUCGACCUCCCUGUGCUAGGCCUCCAUGGCAAGCAGAAGCAGCAAAAACGAACAAAUACCUUCUUUGAGUUCUGCAAUGCCAAGCAGGGCACUCUUAUCUGCACAGACGUGGCUGCUCGAGGUCUCGAUAUUCCAGCUGUCGAUUGGAUUGUGCAAUUCGAUCCACCAGAUGACCCUCGUGAUUACAUUCACCGCGUUGGUCGAACGGCUCGAGGCGCGAAUGCGAAGGGCAAGAGUUUGAUGUUCUUGCAACCGAACGAGGUUGGUUUCCUGAACCAUUUGAAGGAAGCCAAGGUCCCGCUAGUCGAGUUCGAAAUUCCUCCAAAGAAGAUCUUGGACAUUCAAAGUCAAUUGGAGAUGCUGAUUGGCAAGAACUACUAUCUCAACAAGUCCGCGAAAGAUGGAUAUCGCUCAUACCUACAGGCCUAUGCCUCCCACUCUCUGCGCUCAGUCUUCAACAUUCACCAAUUAGACCUGAAGAAGGUCGCCAAGGGUUUCGGGUUCGGUGUCCCACCCAAGGUCGAUAUCAAUCUCGGAGCGAGCAUGAAGAAGCCCGAUAAUGCGAGGAGAGCGUACGGCAGUCAGCCAAAGCAGAAGUUCAGUGGUGGCCAGAGGAGGAGAUAG